AGCUGCUGUAUGCUUGGAUCAAUGGCAGAAUCCGGUUACGCAAAAUCUCUAUCGGAGCAUUAUCUUCUUAAGGAGAAUGUUGAAGACAAGUUUUCUAAACCUAGUGAUAAGGAUCCUGUAAAAGAGGCAUCUAUCACUUCUAAUCAAGAAACCAGUGACCAAGAAAACACACCCUCCAUCAAGCUGGAGACAGCACCAGGAGAUUAUCGAUUCCCAACUACAAAUCAAAGCAGGCACUGCUUUACACGAUAUGUUGAGUACCACCGGUGCGUUGCAGCUAAGGGAGAAGGUGCUCCUGAUUGUGAUAAGUUUGCAAAAUACUACCGGUCACUUUGCCCAGGCGAAUGGAUAGACAGAUGGAAUGAGCAAAGGGAGAAUGGGACAUUUCCGGGUCCUCUUUAGAACAAAUGAAAUGGUUGGUAUGCAACUCAAGAGUUAAUAAGAACUUUCAUGUCAUGUAGGUGUAUGUUCUAAUCUUUAAUUGUUUGGUGACAUUAAGAAAACCACCAAUAUCAUCAUAUGUUUGGACAUGA